AUGUCGUCAUUGGCCACGGAAGUCAAAGCGCGUUAUCACAUUGCCGUGUCUACCCGGUUUGUAGAGCGCCUCUUCGCCACAGAGGGGGCCGUCACUGCGGAGCUCGUUUAUCAGCGGGCCCUUAACGAGAAUUUUAAAGACAUCACCGAUGUGGGGACGCUUCCGCACGGAGUAGCCUCUCAGGUGAGCGGCACUUUCACAAGCCCCGUGGUGCUUCAGGUCAACAGCUCGAGGGAUGCCACGCAGCCGCUUCGGCCAUGCGCCGACUCAAGCGAGGAAGAAAUGGCGUUUGCGGCUGCCUUACAAAAAAAGACGAACACGCGACUUUUGCGUCUCGUCCUUAGCGAUGGGCACGCGGAGGUUCCAGGCAUUGAACUCUCCACCCUUCCUGUGUUCUCCGGCAUACCUAUUCCAGGGGAGAAGCUUCUUGUGAAAGAGGGGGCAGAAGUAAAAAAUGGGGCCGUCAUCAUGACUGAGAACUGUGUUGUGCCACUCGGCGGUGAGGUGCAGCAGCUCAAGAGGGAGUUUCUUGCAAUGAGGAACAGAUCCGAGGUUCCUUAUCAGACCAGUGUGGGUCUAGAGGCGGCUCCACGUUUCCAGCCGCUUCGCGUGGGUUGUGCCGCGUCGGGCGGUGUGCCCAAUCCACAAGCGGUGGCUGCAGGCCGGGGCCGGGGCAGUGGUAACAAUUGGGGGAGAAGUGGCGGUCGUGGGUAUCGUGGCGGGCGGGGAUCGGGUGCCAGACAGCAUCGCCCCUCAUCUAGGGGCGGACGCAGUUAG